AUGAGAAUUUGGUCACAAAGUCUUAUAGCAGUGGUACAAUACUUUGCUCCUGCUUCUUUGGUUCUUACUUUUGACGACUCUUGUUUACAUGAUAAAACCUCAUCCUAUACUUUGGACAAUAUAGUCAAACGCAACAAGAAUGGUGAUAUUACAAACUUGGUAUUACCUGAUAGAAUCAUUGUUACCUCAAAUCAUCAAAUUAAUGCAGAUUGGGCAUAUAUCUGGUGUGUAUCUUAUUUGGCCAAGGCUCAUGGUGCAAUGAAAAUCAUUCUUAAAGAUAGUUUAAAACAUUUGCCUGUAUAUGGAUUAGGUAUGCAAUUCUUUGACUUUAUCUUUUUGAAGAGAAAAAUGGUACAUGAUCGUGAAACUAUAGUAAACAAUUUGGUAAGAUCAAAACAAGAUGCCAUUCCUCUUUGGUUAGUCCUUUUUCCAGAAGGCACAGUUCUUUCUAGUUGUACAAGGAAACGAUCCAAAGAUUAUGCUGAAAAGAAUGAUCUGAAAGAUCUUCGGAACACGCUUUUACCAAGAUCAUCAGGUCUCCAGCUUUGUUUACAAACCUUAGAUAACAGUGUUGAUUGGGUUUACGAUUUCACCAUUGGUUAUCCCGGCGUUCAACCAGGCGAAAAUCCCGAAGACAUCUACACGAUUCAAAGUAUAUUCUUCUUCAACAAACAACCUAAACAUAUUCAUAUACAUGUACGUCGGUUCCAUGUAAACGAUAUCCCUGUGAACGAUGAUACAGCUUUCAGUAAAUGGAUUUAUCAACGAUGGGUGGAAAAGGACAAUAUGAUGGCCUAUUUUUACAAAGAAGGAAGAUUUCCAACAAAUGAUGAUCAACAACAUCAACAAGAUGGUAUUCAAGAUCUUAAUGUAGCUUCACCCGUAGAUCGAUCUUUGGUUCAUCCUCAUUCGAUCACUGUACCUAUUCAACUUGCCAAUCCAGUAUGGAAAUUAGCUCAACCUGGUCUUUGUGUUUUACCUUAUUUAAUUUUGAUCUAUGGAAUCUGGUAUUUUUGGAAUCACACUCUCUUUUAG